AUGACGGUUUCCAAGGAGUGCAGCGCAGUGCUUCAGAACAGGCAGAUAAAGAAGCGAGGAGACCCCGGCAAAUUUUUCCUCUCUAUCCAGAUUGGGAAGACAGUUUUUGCAUGCUCCUUAGUUGACCUUGGGUCCAGCGUGAAUCUCAUGCCUUACUCUGUGGCUCGACGUCUAGGAUACACGCAUUUCAAACCAACUAAGAUGUCAUUGGUGUUCGCAGAUAGAUCAGUCAAAUCCCUGGUUGGUAUUCUAGAGGAUCUCCAAGUAAAGGUCGGGAUCACCUCUGUUCCAGCAGACUUCGUUGUUCUAGAACUGGAAGAAGAGUCUAAAGAUCCUCUCAUCUUGGGAAGACCAUUCUUAUGUACUGUUGGAGCCAUCAUUGAUGUGCGACAGGGGAAGAUUGAUUUGAAUCUUGGAGACAUAGUUAUGCAGUUCGAGAUGGAUGAGUUGCUAAAGAAGCCGAUGUUGGAUGGGCAGACCUUUGAGGUUGAUGAAGAGAUUGAUCCGCUCCAACCUCGAGAAGGAAUGAUCGAGGAGAUUCUUACCGAAGACCCACUGGAGCUUGCACUAGUGCGAGCCGAGGCCGAGCAGAGUGUCGUUAACAUUGAUGCAUAUGGGUAUGCCAAGAUGCUUGACUCCGCAAGGAGUAUGGGAAGAAUGGUAGCAAGUUUAAGUCUGGGGGAGGAGAGCAACAGGGUUGAAACCACUCCAUCUAGAGCGACCCCUACACCAAACUCGUCUGUUCUGUCGAACCAACCAGAGGAUCCCUGGAGUGAGCUUAAAGCUCCCAAGAUUGAGCUAAUACCCCUUCCCUAG